GGCAGUUUUUUAAAAGUGCGGCCCGAGACGCUCAGUGCACCGCCAGCACCCCGGUUCCGAGUGUGAUCCCGCCCGUCCCGAGCGCGCGCGCCCCGGUCCCAGCCGCCCGGCCUAGACCCGUCUAGCUGACACCAUGCCGGUCAAGGGAGGCACCAAGUGCAUCAAAUACCUGCUCUUUGGAUUUAACUUCAUCUUCUGGCUCGCUGGGAUUGCGGUCCUCGCCAUUGGGCUAUGGCUGCGAUUCGACUCUCAGACCAAGACCAUCUUCGAGCAAGAAGAUAAUCAUUCCAAAUUCUACACAGGAAUUUACAUUCUGAUUGGCGCCGGUGCCCUCAUGAUGCUGGUGGGGUUCCUGGGCUGCUGUGGAGCAGUACAGGAGUCCCAAUGCAUGCUGGGAUUGUUCUUCGGCUUCCUCUUGGUGAUAUUUGCCAUUGAAAUAGCCGCGGCCAUCUGGGGAUACUCCCACAAAGAUGAGGUGAUCAAGCAACUCCAGGACUUUUACAGGGAUGCCUACGAGAAGCUGAGAAACAAGGAAGAGGCCAAGAAGGAGACGCUGAAAGCCAUCCACUACGCGUUGAAAUGCUGUGGUGUGGUUGGAGGCGUGGAGCAAUUUAUCUCGGAUAUCUGCCCCGAAAAGUCAGUUUUAGAAAGCUUCACGGUAAAGUCUUGCCCUGAUGCCAUCAAAGAGGUCUUCGACAACAAAUUCCACAUCAUCGGUGCGGUGGGCAUCGGGAUUGCGGUGGUGAUGAUAUUUGGCAUGAUCUUCAGUAUGAUCCUGUGCUGUGCCAUCCGCAGGAGCCGGGAGAUGGUCUAGAGUCAGCUUGUAACCCUGAGCAGGAGAACGUACCCUUGAAGAUGUUUUAGUAUUUUCUCGGGUUUGGGAUUUUGUUUUGUUUUUGUUUUUGGGUGGGUUUUUUGUUGGGUUUUUUUUUUUUGUUUUUUUUUUUUUGUUUUGUUUUGUUUUUUGCCACUAAUUUUAGUAUUCACUCUGCAUUUCUAAACCAAAAAAAAAAAGUUAUUUUAUGUUUGUCUUUGAAAUGCUUUUUCCAUAGUGAUAUUUGUAGUUGAGAUAUUUUGGGAUUUAGUUUGCUUUGGUUUAUGUAUUUUUUUUUUUUUGGUUGUUUGUUUUUACUUAUUAUAUUAAGCAAAAGUCCUGCAAUGAAAGGUACUAUAUUUGCUAGGCUCUAGACAGAAGUUACUGUAUAUAAAGAGAAUUUUUUUUUGUUUUGAAAUAGGUUAAAAAAAAAUCUAUCAAAUUUAAUCAGGUUGUAACUUAUGUUGAAGACAAUUUGAUACAUAAUAAAAGACUAUAUG